AUGGCAUUAAACCCCACGGGCGACAACGGCUUCAGCCUCCAAGAUGCCCACUUUGAGGUAGACAAGCUCGACACACAGCUUCAUCCUUCCCAUCGUCCCCACCAUCAAGGCGGCUAUGCGCAACCGUCGCCAGCAGGCAUUGCCGUGGGAGAAUCGGAGGCAUUUGCCACUGGUACAGGAUGGCCGGCCUCACCAAUACCAGGGGUUCCGCCGGUACGCACACGGGAGGAGUACAGUGUCCGCUACAAAGAGCGAGUGCACCGCCUCGAGGCCAACGCCUCCCUUUGGGACUACUUGCUCUUCGUGCCCCACGCCAUGUACAUGUUCAUGAACCGGUUGUGCGACGCAUUCGGUUUCAAAUUCAUCGGCCUCCUGAUGUGCGUGUACGGGCUCUCGCAGGGUCUGGGCGAGAACUACAUGUCCAUGUCCACAGACUACUACUUGAAGGACGUCUUGAAGCUCGAACCCGCCUCGGCCCAGGCAUUCAAAAGCCUCACGCACCUGCCCUGGAACAUCAAGCCCAUCUACGGCCUGAUGAGCGACACAUUGCCCAUCAUGGGCUUCAAGCGCAGCCCCUACAUCAUUUUGGCGGGCGGUCUGGGCGUCACCGCCUGGCUGACCCUCGCGCUCCUGCGACGACCAUCCUUUAACCUCUCCGCCUUCCUCAUCCUCCUCGCCAACUACAGCAUCGCCUCCCCCGACGUGAUCAUCGACGCUGCUAUCACCGAGCGGUCGCAGCUCGCGCCCAUGUAUGCCUCCGACCUCCAGUCCCUCUCCUGGGGCAGCCAUUCUCUGGGCGGGAUCCUCGGCUGCUCCACCGUCGGCCAAGCACAGGCGCACUUGCACUCCCGCGGCGUGUUCGCCCUGACCUCUCUCACCUCCCUCUCCAUCCUGAUCCUGGCCUCCUUGCGCUGGCUCCCGGAGAAACAAAUCCCUCGGGGCCCCGAGCGUUCCAACGCCUGCCGCCUGGCCUGGCAUAAAGGGGGGCAACGCUCCCUUUACCUCCUCGCCUUUUUCGUGGCCUUGUGCGCCGUAUUUCUCGCCACCACCAUCAACCACAUCGAAAAUCGGCUGACCGGGGGCUACAUCACUAUCGCCGUCGCCGUCAUUGUCACCGCCGUCGUCUACACCACCCUCGGGCGAAUAUCCCCGAAAAUUGCCCGACCUGCCAUAUAUUUCUUUCUGCGCGAGGCCCUGCAACCCAACAUCGCAGAGGCCAUGUUCUACUGGUACACGUCGGCGGAGGGCGGCCCUGGCUUUAAACCCCAGUUCUUAGGGAUUUUGAACUGCAUCGCCAGCGUCUCCAUGAUUGUGGGCAUCUCCCUCUACAACAGGUAUAUGUCCACCUGGAAGUACCGCACCAUAUUCAUCGCCUCGCAAUUCUUGAUGGUGGGCGCCGGCAUGCUGGACUGGGUCCUGGUCAAACGCUUGAACCUCCGGGUAGGAAUCAGCGACAAGGCCUUCGUGCUCGGGGACGAGGCCCUGGUCCCUUUAUUGCGCCGCUUCGCCGCCAUUCCCUUCUUCGUCCUCGCGGCCAAGGUCUGCCCGGCGCGCUGCGAAGCCACCCUCUUCGCCCUGCUCAUGGCCCUGAGCAAUUUUGGGGGCGAUGUGGGGAGCUACAUGGGCGUGGGAUUGCUCAAAGCCUUCAGCGUCUCACGCGCGGACUACUCCCGGCUCCCGCAGGUGGUGUUGGUCAAGACCUUCUGCCGGUUCAUCCCCGUCAUGCUGAUCCCUUUCCUCAUCCCCGACGCGAGCCCGGCCGAUGAGAUCUUGACCGAGAAAGAGAAGCUCCUCAAGGAAGGGGAGGAUGAAGAGGGCGACGGGGAGGACGGCGGCGAAAUGGAGGGCGUGGAGAUGGGCCGCGCGGUCAUGGAGGAAGAGUCCAGUCCUGCGCGGCGGCGGCAGAAAGGCUCCAGUGGGAGUGAACGCGGGCUGAUGGGACAAAGGCUGGAGGGAGGGAGGGAAGGAGGGGUCGGGGGGGGAGAGGUGCGGCCGGAGCUUGGUCAUCUCGGCACGCCACUGACCAUGGCGGGCGGCGAGAAAGAUUCCUUGUAG